GCCAAUCCGGCUAAGGAGUUUGACGAGGAGGCCACACCCCUGCAGGAGACGGUGGAUCCCACGCCACUGCAAGAGGAGGAGUUGCGCUUAAUGAAGGAGGCCAAGCGCCUGGCGGCGGAGGCCAAGGCCGAAGAGGGCGAGGAGGAAGAAGAAGGCGAUGAAGACUAA